UCGUUAUCAGCAGCUUCAUUAACGCACCAGCGAUAACAAGCUGACUUGAAGUGUUAGAAUUCCAACGCCUGCUGGCAUCAGACCGUUAGUGUAUCUGUAGCGAGAGAAGAAGAAACUAAGCUUGGAGGGAAUUCGGUGGACAUGAGGUCCGACUAGGAAACUUUUGAAAAUAUCACGUACAAUGGCCAGAAACUUAAUAAUACUUAGUGGCGUGCUUAGUGCAUUGAUUGCACUCGAAGGGGCUGUGAAAGUGAACGGGGCAGUGUUGAAAUCUAAUCUUAAAUCUGAAUUCAAAAGAGUGCGCAGGACUCUGUACAAGAGCAUCCAUGACUAUAUUGACGACUCGGUAGAUCCUUGUGAUGACUUUUAUCAACAUGCUUGCGGAAAUUGGGAAAAACUCAAUCCAAUUCCCGAUGACGUAGUGGACUAUAAGCCAAUUAAAGCUCUGUCUUACCACACGGAUCUGAUAGUCAACGAGAUUUUAGCUAGUGAAGUUCAAAAUAGUGGGAAUGAUAGUGCAGAGGCGAAGGCCAAAAUAUUCUAUGCAUCAUGCAUAGAUCAUGUGGAACGUGACAAACUGGGAGUGAAACCGAUGGUUGAGUUCUUAGAGACAUUGGGGGGAUGGCCGGUAUUGACUUCUGACUGGUCGGGGGCGGACUUCGACUGGCUAAAAACCAUCGCCAUCCUGCGAAGAUAUGGAGACCGCAUUCUCAUCAAGGAGAGUGUGAACUACAACAAGAAGAACUCAAGUUUAAGUAUUAUCUACAUAGACCAAUCACACUUAGGUCUAGGGAACCGUGCAGACUAUCUUGACAGUAACUACGAGUUCAGGCUGGUGGCAUACAAAACAUACAUUGUGGAAGUACUUGAAAUUUUCGGUGUUGAUAAAGACAAAGCGCGUAGAGUUGCUGAUGAGAUCAUUGCAUUUGAAACUGAAUUAGCGCGGAUCCUAGCACCUGCCAGUGAAAGGAGUAAUAUAUCGACAUUUUCUGACGAUAUUCAAGUUGAUGAUCUCCAGCUAAAAGUGCCUGGCAUAAACUGGACAUUAUACUUGUCCCUGAUAUUCGAGCGUCCCAUUCCCCCUUCGCAACCGGUAGUCAUCAAGGAGUUUCAAUACAUGAAUGACCUGGCCCAACUGAUUUCACAAACUGACCGUCGAAUAGUUGCGAACUACAUUUUCUGGCGUUUCGCUCAGUUCAAGGUAAUCCGGUUGAGCAGUAAAUUUGAGGAACCACUUCAGCGGUGCAUCUACGUAUUGCUAGGACGAAAAAUUAACCCACCUACCUGGAAAAUGUGCGCAAACGAUGCUACCUAUCACUUGCGGGAAGCGGUCGGUUCAAUGUUCAUUCAAAACCAUUUCGAGGAACGUGAUCGCCAGGAGGUAAUUGAAAUGGUUGCCAACCUGAAACAGGCUUUUACUGAAAUAAUUUUCAACAGUUCUUGGUUGGAUGCGGAUACAAAAGAAUUAGCUAAGAAAAAGCUUGAUUACAUGGUCUACCAAGUAGGCUAUCCUGAGUUCGUCAGCUCGCAAGAAAAAGUUAAUGCACUUUAUGCAAAUUUGACAAUAGUUCCUGAUAGAUAUUUCGACAACUAUCUGGCUCUGCUGCAACAUACAUCUCGCAGGAAGCACGCAAAAGUGUUCCAGAUAGGUGAAGACGAAUGGAGCGGAGUUAGUCCCGACUUAACCAAUGCAUAUCAUAAUCCGGUUAAAAAUAAAGUGACGAUCCCGGCAGGCUUGCUUCAACAGCCAUUAUUCGACAAAUUCUAUACGAAAUCAUUCAACUACGGACGAAUGGGAGCGCUGAUUGGUCAUGAAAUGGCUCAUGCUUUCGACAACAUCGGACGCAACUACGACUACAACGGAAAUAUCAACUCCUGGUGGGAUCAAAAACUCAUCGACAUUUUCAACGAGAAAAGCGAAUGCUUCCUGAAACAAUACUCACAAUACAGGAUCCCCGAUGGGAAGCAUAUGCUGGACUCAAAAGGAACUCUGUCAGAAAAUUUGGCCGAUAAUGGUGGAGUCCUGGCAGCGUUUAGGGCAUACAAGAAUUUAAUACGAGAAGAGUCUGGAGCGGCCUAUGAUAUUAGUGAAAGUGAAGUUCUCCCGGACGAUGCGAUUUUCUUUUACAGUUUUGCUCAGCUUUGGUGCGGAUACACUCGACCAGAAGCGCUUCUCACUCAAACUCGUCGUGAUCCCCAUAGUCCGGCAAUGUGGCGAGUAAUUGGAUCAUUGUCGAAUUCCGAAGAUUUUGCCAGAGUUUUCAAUUGUUCUCAAGACUCUAUAAUGAAUCCAAUAAAGAAAUGUCGGAUAUGGUAG